AUGCCACUACUCCCCACCUCGCACGCCUACCUGGAACAGUCUGCGCUGUUACUCCAGGCAUAUCCGGACACGACCCGAAUCACAACAAAAUACAACUUCCCCUCGACACGCCCCUCCAACACCUCCCGAAAACAAAAAUCCAAGCCCACCUCCACGUCCUCCCCCGCCACCACCACAGAAACCACCCCGCAAACACCCACCACACCCCUCGCCUACCUCACCCUCAAAACCUACAACCCCACAACCGGAAUCUGCCUCAAGUACCGCACCAACAAAGCCGCCGAAGUCGGCCGUCUGAUCACAAGUCUAGGCAAGCUGGCUGCCGGCGCCAGCGUUGCCGAGCUGGGCCUAUCGAAUCCCGUGCCUGCGGCGCCUGCCGCGGCUGAUGUGGAGAUGGCGGAUGCGCCUGAGGAUGCUACUAGUGGGGGUGCGUCGACGCCUGUUGUUCCCGCUGCGCCUGCGAAGGGGGAUGCUGGUGGGAAGGGAGGGAAAGGGAAGAAGAAGGGUGGGAAGGGGAGGAGGUGA